GCUCGAGGUGCCGAGCCGAUCGCUGCUCGAUCUACCGCAAACCAACGCAGGCAAACAGGGCAGAGACAUGAUGGCUGUCAAGGCUGUUAUCCUCCUGCUUGCGGUCCCGGUGGCGCACGCCUCGCGCAUCGCACGCUCGUCCAGCAGCGCUCCGGAGGUGCUCGCCCCAGAGCCUUCCUUCCUCGAGACAAUGGAGAAAUCGUUCGAGCGCGCCCUGGAGAAGGGCAGCACCCUGGUCAAGAGCUUGAGCUUCGGCGCCGUGCCAGCCUUCGCGGCGCCGCCGCUGCCCGCAGGGGCCCAGCUCAGCUUCGUGAACUCUGGCAUGUGGGGCCGCGACGCCCUCGUGGCCCCGGGGGGCCACCGCGCCAGCUCCAGCACGGCCGGGCCGGCGCUGGCGCGGAUGGGCGGGGCCAGGAGCGGGGCGGUGGCGCUCUGGAGCGCGCCCCCCGUCGAGGCCCCUGCGCAGCCCGAGCUCAUGGAGGCGAAGAAUGUGUCGGGGUACUUCCCGCAGAAGUAGGCGGCGCGGUGUUGCAAAGACAGGCGCUGCGCUCCCACGGGCGGCCCGUGAGCGGACGCCGGCCCGGCCUGGCCCUUCUCGACCUGGCCCCUCCUUGCGCGCCGCCAUGUGGCCUGCCGCGUGACGGCCUUGGCUGGCAGCGGCGAGGUAAAAUUAGGCGCUCGCCCUUGCCUUCGUCGCAGCCUAGAUCGCGUUCGCGACAUGAGGACGGCCUCGCUAAUUGGUGGGCAAAUUCAUGCACGUGGGUAUGCGAGCUAUUUACAUGUGACAUCUGCUGCAUGCGGCUGGCCUCGGCCGCGCCACCGGGCGCCUCUCUUCCUGCCGCCGGGCGCCUCCCGCGUUGCAAAGCGCCUCCGG